AAGCCGACCAGCUACGCGGGCAGCGUCAAGCCGAAAAGCUUCGCGGGCAGCAUCAAGCCAAAUUACAAAAAUUUGUGCGAAUAAAGAAUUUGCCCCAGUCGUGAAGGACUCAAAAAGAAAGAAUUGGACAGAUGACGAGGACACCAAGCUGAUUGAAGGCCUCAAUCAAUACGGAAAAGACUGGAAAACGAUCGAGAAAAAGCUUUUCCGUAGAUCGAAGAGGACCAACGUCCAACUCAAAGACAGACACCGUGUGCUUCUCGAUAAAGGCGACCCACGGGUGAAGGAAAAAUACUAA